CGGAAAAGCUAUAAGAAAGGAUGGAAAACGGGGCGCAGGUUUUGUAUUGGAGAGGAAAGUGUUGAGAUAAACGCUGUGGUGUAAAUGAGGAUGAACGGUGUGCGCGGUGGAAAAGCUGCAGGUGUUCCACAGCUCAAGCAGCAGUCAAAGUGCUCCCACGCUGGUUGCGGAGCCACUUUCUCCAAGAACAUCAGGUUGCAGGAGCACGAAGCUGCUCACGCAGGAAAGCAUCCAUGGCGGUGCACAGUGAGUGGCUGCGAGGGGAAAUUCGCCCGGAAGUCACGCCUGAGCCGCCACAUACUUCAGCACGACGGCGUCAAACAAUUCAAGUGCACAUUUGCAACCUGCACCAAAAGCUUCUUCCAUGAAAACAAGCUGAAGAGACACAUGUGCUAUGCCCACGGCGAGAAAGAAAAGUACUUCAAGUGCACUCAGUCUGGAUGCUCCUUGACCUUCAAGAAGAGACGCCUCUUCAAACUGCACCAGCAGGAGCACGGCGUGGCUCCCAAGUUCAAGUGUCCAAAGGAAGACUGCGGCGCUGUGUUCGACACCCAUGUGGCCCGCAAAGCACACCAGAAGAAGCACGCAGGUUACCGCUGCCUGGAUGCAAACUGCCAAGCGGUUGAGUCCACGUGGGUCAAGCUCCAGAAGCACAUGGUCAAACAUCCAGCCGCUUUUACCUGCAAAGUCUGCAAGAAAGUCUUUAAGAGGGCGCAUACGCUGCGGCGCCACAAGUGGGUCCACGCCUCCCACAAGCCGGUGCUGGUUUGCCCACGCGAGAGCUGCCAGGCCUACUUCUCUACCACCUUUAACCUGCAGCAUCACAUCCGCAAGGUGCACCUGGGACUCCUGAAGUACACGUGCUCCUUCCCAGACUGCCCUCGCGCCUUCGCUAUGCGGGAGAGUAUGAGCAGACAUCUGCGUCGUCACGACCCCGGUGCCAUCAGACAGAAGACGCGUACCCGUCCCAGGAAGUCGUGGCAGAAGCGCCUGGACGGCCACCACCUCCCCCUGGUGGAGGACAACCUCAACCGGCUCUUUGCGCUGCGCAUGCACAUUUCCCGCCGCGCCAAAGUGGAGGUCAACCUGUCGGGCCUCUUCAACGAGCGUAAGAUCCCGCAUUACGUGGACCCCGAGGUCAACCUGCGCGACCUCUUCAGCAUGAAAAAGCCUCUACUGCCUGUCAGUGAAGUGGCGCCACUCAAGUGUUAAGUUAAUUUGGACUUUCUCGAGAAAAUAUUGGGUCUCUUUGGUUGAAUUUUCCUAAUGUAGCUGCCCUACAUUGACCUUUUGUCAUUUAAUAAUUCAGAAUGUUAAAUUCUUGAAGCAUCUUAUUUUGAAAGGACUUGUUCACCCAAUAAAAUGUUCAUUUUUGCGCA